AUGCAGACUUGCAUACACUAUGUUUCCCUCCGUACAGCAGACCUUCACCACAGUGUUACCCUCCGUACAGCAGACCAUCGCACACUGUGUUACCCUCCGUACAGCAGACCAUCGCACAGUGUUACCCUCCGUACAGCAGACCAUCGUACAGUGUUACCCACCGUACAGCAGACCAUCGCACAGUGUUACCCUCCGUACAGCAGACCAUCGCCCACUGUGUUACCCACCGUACAGCAGACCAUCGCCCACUGUGUUACCCACCGUACAGCAGACCAUCGCCCACAGUGUUACCCACCGUACAGCAGACCAUCGCCCACAGUGUUACCCACCGUACAGCAGACCAUCGCCCACAGUGUUACCCACCGUACAGCAGACCAUCGCCCACAGUGUUACCCACCGUACACCAGACCAUCGCCCACAGUGUUACCCACCGUACAGCAGACCAUCGCCCACAGUGUUACCCACCGUACAGCAGACCAUCGCCCACAGUGUUACCCACCGUACAGCAGACCAUCGCCCACAGUGUUACCCACCGUACAGCAGACCAUCGCCCACAGUGUUACCCACCGUACAGCAGACCAUCGCCCACAGUGUUACCCACCGUACAGCAGACCAUCGCCCACAGUGUUACCCUCCGUACAGCAGACCAUCGCCCACAGUGUUACCCACCGUACAGCAGACCAUCGCCCACAGUGUUACCCACCGUACAGCAGACCAUCGCCCACGGUGUUACCCGCCGUACAGCAGACCAUCGCCCACAGUGUUACCCACCGUACAGCAGACCAUCGCCCACGGUGUUACCCGCCGUACAGCAGACCAUCGCCCACAGUGUUACCCACCGUACAGCAGACCAUCGCCCACGGUGUUACCCACCGUACAGCAGACCAUCGCCCACAGUUUACCCACCGUACAGCAGACCAUCGCCCACGGUGUUACCCACCGUACAGCAGACCAUCGCCCACAGUGUUACCCACCGUACAGCAGACCAUCGCCCACGGUGUUACCCGCCGUACAGCAGACCAUCGCCCACAGUUUACCCACCGUACAGCAGACCAUCGCCCACGGUGUUACCCACCGUACAGCAGACCAUCGCCCACAGUUUACCCACCGUACAGCAGACCAUCGCCCACGGUGUUACCCGCCGUACAGCAGACCAUCGCCCACGGUGUUACCCACCGUACAGCAGACCAUCGCCCACAGUGUUACCCACCGUACAGCAGACCAUCGCCCACAGUGUUACCCACCGUACAGCAGACCAUCGCCCACAGUGUUACCCACCGUACAGCAGACCAUCGCACCCAGAGCAAGCUACGCCAGAUCACUUCAGAGUACGUCAGGCUUUGCCAGAAUACGUCAAAGCAUGUCAGAGCACAUUUAUCAACUGCAACUUAA